AUGGCCGACUCGAGCGACAACGCCAACCAAGCUCCUGCUAUCGACGAGACUCCUAUCUCUCCUAGCCGUCCCGACCCCCAGCGCAAGAACUCUCUCGAACAGCAUCUGAAACAUCGUCCGGUGCGCCAAGAACUGGUCACGAAAAACAUUCUUCCGGCCUCAAACGCAGCUCCGGGGCUCAUAGCACAACAGAAAGAGCUCGCAAAGCAUAUGCGUGCUGAUUCUUUGAACGAAAAAAUCGCCCACCGGCCCUCCCCGGAAGCAUUGAUUAAGGAAGGGGUCCUUCAUGAAGACCCCCGCUCGCCUGAAGAAAAGUACCAGGAGGCUAUUGAGGAAGAAUAUGCGAAGAGAGAAGGCGGUGCUUGA